AUGUCUGUUCAAAGCACACCUAAACUAGAGCGCUACCGGGUGGAAGAUUUAUCUAUAGAGGAACUACGGAGAGAGUAUGUAACUCUCAAAUCAAUACAAUUAUCUCAACACACUGAAGAGGAAUUGCUCAAUAGAAGAAUAGAAAUGCUGCGUGAGGAAUCGGUUCGGCUUCAACAAAGUACUGAAAUUGAAGAGGAACAUGUAGCGAAUCAGCUUCUCAGACGCCUAAAUAAUGCCGAGCGCGAUGUUAGAAAAUAUGAGCAGCUUAUCCACGAGGAAGAAGAAGCGAUGGUGGAGCUGACAAAAGAGAUUUCCGUGAUUCAUCGUCAACAAAGAGAGGUCGAGAGCGAAUUAGAGAAACGCCAGGAGGAACACAUCGUGCUUCAGGGAAAGUUGCUAAAUACCGAGUUGAAAAAAAGUGAGCUAGGGCGCGAGCUGCUCGAUGAAUGGCAGAGUUAUUUGGGCGUAUUGGUCAACCAGCUCGCCGUUUGGCGUGAUAAGGAAAGUAAGGAGAAUAAGGAGCGGGAGGGCCGUGGCCUUGAGCCUACCACGCCGCUCAUUCCGGAGGACGAGCCCACCUCCCCUGCCCACCCCGCCGUGGUCCGUUUAGAGUGGCAGCUGAAUCGGCUGCUCGAGGCCCAUGCGAAGGCGUUGGAGGGUACGGAGGAGCGGCGCCGGCAGUGCGCGGCGCUAUCGGAGCGCUUGAAGGGAAUCCAGGACGCGGCCUUCCUCGACAUCGCCCAGGCCACGAAGUACCGCGAGAGCCUGCGGGACGCACAGGUGAAGCUGCUGGGCUUCAACCCUCGAGAAGGCUUUUGUUGA